CCACAUUAUUUUGCUUCCGACCUUGUUUACAGUCUGCUUCUUCUACAGUCUGGUUAAAGAUUUGUUUUUGAUUUUGCACACAAGUGUCAGUCGUCAUGGAUAUGUUGCAGCUUUACGAGUGGAUCGAUAUCAAAAGUAUUUUGAUAUUUUCGUGUGUGUUUUUAUUGCUGAGUGAUUAUACCAGAAAUAAAGCGCCGAAGAACUUUCCUUCUGGACCAUGGUCUUUACCGAUCAUAGGAGACCUUCAUCAUAUAGAUAUUAGUAAGCUUCAUCUUCAGUUUCCAGAGUUUGCAGAAAAAUACGGCAAGAUUUUCAGCCUUAACAUUUUUGGACAAAGGAUUGUUGUGUUGAAUGGAUAUGAACUUGUAAAGGAGGUCUAUAUACAACAGGGUGAUAACCUUUCUAAUCGUCCCAUGUUACCUUUAUUUAUUGACAUCGUUGGAGACAAAGGUUUAAUUGUUAGCAAUGGGUAUAAAUGGAAGCAUCAGAGGAGAUUCGCACUCUCGACUCUUCGAAACUUUGGAUUGGGAAAGAAAAGUUUAGAGCCAUCCAUCAGUCUUGAGUGUUGCUUUCUGAAUGAAACCAUUUCAAAUGAACAAGGUCGACCGUUUGACCCUCGCUUACUGCUGAACAACGCUGUCUCAAAUGUGAUCUGUGUGCUUGUGUUUGGGAAUCGAUUUGAGUACAGUGACCAUGACUUCCAGUCUCUGUUGAAGAACAUUAAUGAAGCCAUUUAUCUGGAAGGAAGCAUCUGGGGUCAAUUUUAUAACAUGUUCCCGUGGCUCAUGCGGCGACUGCCUGGACCGCACAAGAACAUUUUUGCUCUGUGGAAAAAAGUGAUUGACUUUGUUAAAGAGAAGGUGAAUGCACACAGAGCGGAUCAUGAUCCAUCAUAUCCACGGGACUACAUUGACAGCUUCCUUGCUGAGAUGGAAAAACUUAAAGACGACACAGCCACUGGGUUUGAUGUGGAGAACUUGUGUAUCUGUACUCUGGAUCUGUUUGUGGCGGGAACUGAGACCACCUCUACCACUCUGUACUGGGGUCUCCUUUACAUGAUGAAAUAUCCUGAGAUACAGGCCAAAGUUCAGGAGGAGAUUGAUCAUGUUGUGGGAGGGUCACGACAGCCAACUUUAUCAGAUAAGGACAACAUGCCCUACACUAAUGCUGUCAUUCAUGAAAUGCAGAGGAUUGGAAAUAUUCUUCCAUUAAAUUUGGCCCGAGCUACAGUGGAAGAUAGUCAGAUAGGAAAAUACUCUAUCCCAAAGGGCACAAUGGUGAUAGGCAAUUUGACAUCAGUGCUGUUUGAUGAGUCCGAGUGGGAGACGCCUCACUCUUUUAAUCCAGGUCACUUCCUGGAUGCUGAGGGCAAUUUCAGAAGGAGAGAUGCCUUUUUACCUUUUUCUCUAGGAAAGAGAGUUUGUCUUGGAGAGCAACUGGCACGGAUGGAGCUGUUCCUAUUUUUCUCUUCUCUGCUGCAGCGCUUCACUUUCUCUUCACCAGCGGGUGUGGAGCCCAGUUUGGAUUUUAAACUGGGGGCCACUCACUGUCCCCAACCUUAUGACUUAUGUGCAGUGCCACGCUAAAAAAGCACAACAUUUCAAAUUAAUUCAAGGUUCUGUCUGUGCACAUCAAAUGUCAGAUUUUCUCAGAGGGUCCCUGCAGGUCCUUAAAUAGUCCUAAAUUCAUAACAAAUUUAGGGUUGUGAAAAGCAUUAAAUAUCUUAAAAAAAGUUGGUAUAACAAAGGUUUUGAUUAUCAUUUUAAGAGGGCUUAAAUUUGGGGAUGGAAAAAAAUAAAUCACCAUGUGGCCUACUGGAAUGAAUAAACUUAAAAUAUAAUUAUAUAUAUAUAUAUA